AUGACGAAUGUUCGCAGUGCAACUUUGGAUGCUGUUUUGACACACUCAGGAUCUGGGUCUUUUCAGCUGCCUUGGGAGAUUGGAGUUUUCGCUGAAAUUUUUGGAACUGAGCAUGGAAGGAUUCUGCCUAUGGUUGAAAGGGUUGCGGAUCCUGGAGCAACCAUCGAAAAGGCAGAGGCCAGCACCUGUUCGCCUAUGGUCGAAUCUGUGUCCGGCGCUCACAAUCAUUCGCGGAAGCUUUUUCUUGGGCAUGCUGUUUCUACAGAGCUGGGACGAGUGCAUCCGACUCCGGAGGAGCAACUGUCGCUGAUGGCGCAACGCUUUGAGUUGAUUCUUGCUCAUUCCUUUGAGGCCUCAGUUUUGGGAAGAAGAAUUCAGGACCUCGACAGAGAAGAGAGGCUGGCCAAGAUCGAGCUUGCUCUUGGUGGCAAGUCGCUCGGCACCCUGAAAAAGAGAUAUGGGCAGGCUGCUCGAUUUGUGACCUGGGCGAAUGGUGAAAACAUGGUCGCUUUUCCAAUAGCUGGGCAAGUGGCUGAGGAAUACUUACAGCAUUUGUCUACGUCGGCUGCGAGACACUCUGCUUUGACUGGGGCGAUUGAGAGCAUGAAUUUUCUCCACCAUGUUCUUGGAGUGGACAUGGAUCCAAGAGCAUGUCUUGCACCUGUGGUUCAGGGCAUCCUUCGUAAGGCACGAAAGAAUCGGCCCCCGAAGAAGCAGGCCCGGGCACUCAAAGUUUGCGAGUUGCUGGAUCUUGAGAAUGCCCUAACAUCCCACGACUACAGCGCAAUUGACAGAUUUUGCAUUGGCUGUUUUCUCGCUGCUGUAUACGGACGCGCAAGGUUGGGGGAUCUUAGAGUGAUCGAAGGAGUGCUUUUGGACUUCACUGAGAACCAGGCCGACUCUUGUGGUUACCUGGAAGUGGUGUCGCUUUCCCACAAGUGCAGCAUGGCCAGCAACCGUCAGGGGUUACGGUUGCACCUUGUGAUUCCUGCAAAAGGCAUUGGGCCCCGAUGCUGGGGUCGCGACUUUGUGCAGGUCGCAAAAGAGUGCGGUCGUGAUCUGGACAAAAUUUCGAGCGGAGAACCCUUGCUGUAUAUGCCGGAUGUGCAUGGUGGUUUUUCUGACGUCCCUGCUGAGACUGCUACCUUUACCGCAUGGAUUGCUGAGAUCUUGGGAACGAUGCCGAGUUUCUGUGGUGAGCGCAUUACAGGCCACACUGCAAAGCACACGCUUCUUGAGUGGAUGGGAAAGGCUGGCUUGGAUCUGGACAAUCAAUCUUUGCUGGGACAUCACGUAUUGGUGGGCAGAAACUCUGCUUUGACGUAUGCGAGGGACCAGCAAUCUUCCCCUGUGAGAAAGUUGGAAGCUAUGCUGUCAGAUGUGAGACUGGGAGUGUUCUUGCCAGAUGUGAGUCGUUCUGGAAUGUUCGCAAAGAACCCGAAACCUCUUGGUAUCAUUUCCUUGGCGCCGCAGGAUCAGCCCGGAGAGUCGGGGCAAGCUGAGCCGAGCCCAGUGGUCUCAGAAGUGGGCGAAUCUACCGCUGAUCGAGUUGGACUCGAAGCGGAGUGGGAGCUGCCUAAUGCUUCUGAGAACAUGUCUGAGGAGAUGUGGUACAAGCAGCUCGCUGAUGAUGACGGUGGCGCAUUUUCGGAUGCCCCUGAUGAUGCCAUUGGACUGGGUGUUUUUGACGAAGAUCCUGCUGCUGAAGAUUCAUUUGAACCUGGCUCAUCAUCCUCGAGUGAAUCGUCAAGUGAUGAGUCUCUGGAUGAGAAAGUGCAAGCUUGUGGAGCCUUGGCCAGCAGCUCCCGAUCCGAUGUUGGGGCAGAAUGUUCUGUGUACCAGAAUCGCAUGACGAAGAAGCUGCACCUACUUCCGCGGGGCAGCUCCUCGAACAAGUUCGUGUGUGGGCGACUGCUAGAUGACAAGCAUCGAGAGUUUGUUGGAGGUGUGAUGGUUGCUUCCAUGAAGUGCAUAUCCUGUCACCGAGGCAAGCCGAUCAAUGAUGUAGGUGCUCUGUGCCACGCUCUGGAUGCAGCCUCAAAGAGGCGCAGAACCAGCGGGGCCUGA